AAUUAAAAAAUAUAUAUAUUUCUUUAUGGUUGUUUGUAUAUUUUGUAAAAGACGAUAAUGAGAGAACAAGAUAUUUAAAAUUUUUGGAUUUAUUCCAUCCAAUUAAGUAUUAAGUGAUUUUUGUAGUUUUCACGUAAUUUUGUUUUUAUAAACGAUUAAAUAUGGCUGAUGAGGAUGUCAUUCGCAGACGACUUCUCAUUGAUGGAGAUGGAACAGGUGAUGACAGAAGGCUGAAUGUAUUAUUAAAAACAUUAAUAAAAUGGUGUAACAGUUCCGAUGAAAAACCGGAGGAGAGUAAGUCUACCCAUGAUCGAAUGUUAGCUCAGCUUGCUCAGUGCGAAUUUGCCGUCACAAAAUCACAACUAGCGUCAGACAUGAUGGCUGCAGAAUUGAACAGUUAUGAAUCACUAUCAAAGAUACUCGAAACAGGAAUAGAAGUGGCCAAAAAAAAUAUUGAGAAGAGCAAAGCUGAUUUGGCACAAGCGAAAACUGUUCGUAAGAAUAGAAUAGAGUAUGAUGUAUUGGCUAAAGUUAUAAGUGAACAACCUGACAGAAAAGAGACAUUGGAAAGGUUGGGUACAUUAAAAACAGAGUUAAGUAGUCUUGAAGCGACUAAGCAGCAAGUGGAGAGUCGCUUGUCUCUAAGAAAGAAACAGUUUCAUGUAUUAGUGACUUCAAUACAUCAGCUUCAGGCGUUGUUGGAUGAACCUGAUGACACAGACUCAGUAUCAAUAUCUGAUGAUAUAGAAAUGAAAGAUGACAUGAAUUGAUGCAUUGUCAAUAUAGUGCUAAUUGUAAUUUUUUAUAACAUUAAAUUUAAUAAGUACAAUAAA